AGCAUUUGUUCGUUAUUUGCUAAUUUUGGUAGGAUGCAACUUUCUAUUGUCCUUCACCUUGAGUUGCUAAAAUAAAAAGAACAGCUAUAAUCAAGAUAAUUUGAUCAUGCGUAUUGUCUUUUAAGCUUUAAAGCUCUGAAUGGAACUCGUCAAAUGCCUUUCCUACUUGUCUUGACUGCCAAUAAACUGGGAUCUUUGUCCAUAUUUGUCUUUACGAAUUAUAACCAUGUAGUUUGUAUUUUUAAAUUUUUCGUCCUGUGAAACAUCAGUAUUGCAGUAUUGCAGUAUUGCGUGAUCUUGCAUAAGCUUCAGUGACAUUUGACUAUUUGACUAUUAGUCUAUUACUGUCACGUCUCAGAAACGUAGUCUUCAAAUAGAAUUAGCACUGAAUUAGCUAUGGAUACUAUCAAAGCACAUAUAGAAAGUCAUGAAUAUGCAGCGCUUGUUAAUUUCUGCGAGGAUUUAGAAUUACAACUUGCUCUAACACCAAACACAAACAUAACUCCAGAAGAUUUUUACGGUCCCUUUUUACUUGGUUAUUUGUUAGAACAAGAUCUUCCUUCCGCCCGUUUUCUUUGGAAGCGAUUGCCUGACUCCAUCAAAAGUUCUUCCAAAGAAUUACGUGCUAUUUGGGAUGUCGGUGCGGCGCUAUGGCAAAGAGAAUAUGAAAAUGUGUACGAGCUUAUAGGUUCAAAAACAUGGAGCCCUAUUAUCGCGCCCUUGAUGGAGCAAUUGGCUGAUAAUUUACGAGAACGUAUGCUUAAUCUCUUAUCAGAGGCGUAUUCUUCUAUUGUGAUUGAUGACGUAGUCAAAUAUCUUGGUUUGCCACGUGAAAAAGUAUUAACGAUUUUGGAAGAACGAGGAUGGGAAAUUGAUCUAUCUUCAAAUACGUUACAACCAAAGAAAACUGUACAAGAAAUUCAACAAUCUACAUCCCUUGCGAAUUUCUCUCAGCUCACCGAUUUAGUCAUUCACUUGGAAAAAUCUUAAAUUUCAUGAUCUAGUAUUUAAUAAAUUAUGUACUCUGAAAUGGCUACAGAAAGCAAUUAACAAAUUUCGAAUAGAUCUAUCCAUUAAAUAAAGAUGUGCUUAAUCCGUUUUUUGUUACCUACUUUAGCACAAUGUUUUAUCGGUCAAAUAAUUUGGAUGUUGUAAGAAAUGAAGAUCUUAUUCAACUUAGGAAAGCCUUCCACAACCGAACAUAUAAGUCGUUCUUGACCUGUGCGAUAGAUCUGAUUUGACCCGCAUAUUAAAUUUACAAUAAGGGGACCGAAAUUAGAGGUUCAAGCUUGCGAUAAUUAUUUUAGUUAUGCAUGAAGUAUCAAGAAUAUAUAAUUUGACUUAGCUUGUAAAAGCUUACAUAGGUAAAAGAUAUAUGAUGUAAUAAUAUUUUUUUUUUUCACCAAUAUUUGUUAAAUUUUUUUUUUAAUGAAUAUUGGGUUAUCUUUUUUUUUUUAUUUUGAUUUUAUUUUAUUUUUAUUAUU